AUGGACCUCGAUGACACGAGCCAAGACGAGGCAGAGCCCUCGCCUACGUUCGAGUCCAAUCAUGAGACACCAAUGGAAGAUGAUGCCACGUCAGAUACCCAUCAAUUACAACUACCCGACGUCCCUCAUGAGUCGUUCGAGUCGCCCACAGAGAAUCUCUCGGAUAGGCAGUCGGAGCUAUCGUCGGCGCCACCGUCCGUUUCUAGUAAGGCAACAACCCCAGUAGACCUCGACGGGCCUCCGGAACAGUCUCUACCAUCGACAGAGAUCGAAACCCCUCCUGUUCGGGAAAUUCCGCGACGGUCGUUCGAUGUCAAACCAAGAUCGUCUGUGCCAUCAAACCUCUCAGCCUAUGAAUACGCGACCUUGUGCAUCGAGGCAGCCGAAUCCUCACGGCUAAAUCCUUACGCUCUACAUGAGGAGGAAUAUCAGAUGCUGCGGCAACAUAUUAGUCACGUUCAAGUGACAACGUACCUCAACAUCAGAAACGGCAUUCUUCGACUAUGGUACAGUAACCCACGGGUUGCAGUGACGAGGAAUGAGGCAGUUGGAUGCGCUAGCGCCCGAUGGUUUAACGCGGCAAGCGUCUGUUACGACUGGCUUUUGCGACGAGGCUACAUCAACUUCGGAUGUGUAGAGUUCCCGGAGACGAAAAAAGACGAUGAGCAAAUGACUGACGCAGAAUAUCGCCCGAAGAGAAGGAGAAUAGUCGUAAUUGGGGCUGGCAUGUCAGGCUUAGGGUGCGCAAGGCAUCUGGAUGGCCUCGUCCAACAGUAUUCGGAACAAUUUGGUGCCCUGGGAGAAGCACCUCCAGAAAUCAUCGUCCUCGAAGGUCGCGGCCGUAUUGGUGGGAGAGUCUAUUCGAGGGAGUUCAAGUCCAAACCGAAGACUCCGCUUCCUGAUUUCGUUGACAAGAGACAUACUGCUGAGAUGGGCGGUAUGAUCAUUACAGGAUUCCAUCGUGGCAAUCCAAUGAACAUUCUUGUACGCGGCCAACUGAGCCUGCCUUACCGUGCCUUGCGAUCAGCGACAACCAUUUACGACUCGAACGGCAAGCCCGUAGACCAUACGAGGGAUACUCUAGUUGAGGAGCUGUACAAUGACUGUCUAGACCGCGUGAGCGAGUUCAAAUGGAAAACGCAACCCUCAAAACGCAUCGAGGGCAACCGGGACGCGGUCAAUGAGGGGCGGGAUGCCAACAGUGAUGGACACAGGACCAUCGCUCAAGCUGAGGAAGAAGCUGCGGCUCUCCCACACGCCCCUCCCGUGUCUCAGCAGAAUGUGCCUGAGAGAGUCAACAUGGUGCCCGUAUCCUCUGAUAAGCUGACUGGGCGCGUCCAUACCCAGCCUGGAACACCGGGAAUCCUCAAAGCAGGCGAGAAGGCAAAGGCCAUGGGGUGGACUCUCAAGAACGGGUUAUCAAAUGAAGUCAACAUCGAUCUCGGCAAUGCUACUCGCAUGCCCGACGCGACGCUUGGCACAAUAUUUGACGAAGCUGUUGUUCAGUAUCGCAACAUCAUUGAUUUGACAUCACAGGACCACCGCUUGCUUAAUUGGCAUGUCGCCAACCUCGAAUACAGCAAUGCUACGGACAUGUACCAUCUCAGUCUGGGCGGCUGGGACAUUGAUGCUGGCAAUGAGUUUGAAGGCGAUCAUACGAUGAUCGUGGGUGGAUAUCAGAGCGUUCCCCGGGGCCUCCUGCAUUGUCCUACGCCUCUGGACGUUCGUACUAAGUCGCCCGUUGACAAGAUUGUCUACAGCCUUGAGGAGAACGGUCGUGCGACUGUUCACUGCGAAGAUGGAGAAACCGUGGAGGCUGACUACGUUAUCUCGACCAUACCUUUGGGUGUCCUAAAGCAGGGCAACGUCACCUUUGAACCGCCUUUGCCAGAAUGGAAGAGCGAAGCCAUCAAUCGCAUUGGGUACGGCGUGUUAAACAAAGUGGUCCUGGUUUACGAAGAACCAUUCUGGGAUACCCAGAGACACAUCUUUGGCGUUUUGCGAGAUGCAACGAACCGUCACAGCGUCAAUCAGCGCGACUACAACUCACAGCGAGGACGCAUGUUCCAGUGGUUCAAUGUAACCCAGACAACGGGCCUCCCCUGUCUUGUGGCGUUGAUGGCGGGCGAGGCUGGCUUUGACACCCAAUACAAUAGCAAUGACAACCUCAUUGCUGAGGCGACGGGAGUUCUGCGGAGCAUCUUUGGUGCCAAGGUGCCUCACCCCGUCGAAGCCAUUGUCACAAGGUGGUCAGCGGAUAGGUUUGCCAGAGGAAGCUAUUCCUCAGCAGGUCCGGAUAUGCAACCGGGAGAUUACGACGCCAUGGCUCGUCCCAUAGGCAAUUUGUUCUUCGCUGGAGAGCACACAAUAGGAACACAUCCAGCCACCGUUCACGGAGCCUAUUUAUCCGGUCUGCGAGCCGCGUCCGAGGCCCUGGAGUCGAUGCUUGGGCCAAUUGACGUGCCAACGCCCUUGGUUCUUUCCAAGGAAAGCAUCUCGAACAAACGAAAGGAGAUGGAGAGGCCCAAGGAUCCCGAAGAAGCCCACAGAGAAGCCUACGAGCUCGCCACCUGGGAGUACAUCAGGUCUCAGAUUGGCGAACGGCCGGAGCAACCCCGCAAAGCGGCGGCGAACGCUUAUGUGCUCUUUAGCAAGGCCAUAUUCGAAAUUGCGCGGCAAAAGUGCGAUGCCGAGCGAUCCCACAAGAAGAAGGCUGCUCCGAAUGAAGUGCGGACCAUGACUUCCAAGAUGUGGAAGGCUACUCCCUUUGAGGAGAGAAAGCCAUUUGAGGAUAAAGCCACUGAAAUGAAGGCAGAAUACGCAGACGCUGUCAAAGUAUACGAGGAGAAGUCGGCGCAGUGGGAAAAGGACUACGUCGAGCACGAGAAGACAUAUCACGCGGAGCACCCUUUCGUACCAUUGCACCAGGCCAAUGGAGAUGAGUCCAACAGAGAGGGAAGCGCGAAUAAGUAUCGCCGAACCAAGCAUGUCAGCUAUGCCGAAAGUGACGGCAGCGAUAUGGAGUUCUGA